GUAGUUGUUAGCUUCUCCCUCAUAAGCAACAUUUGAAGUCUUGAACUUUAGGCAUUGGGUCGUCUCUACCCUUGGAAGAACCAGCAAGGGUCGCCAUCAGCGACCCAACGAUGAACCAGAAAUGAGCCGCGUGGUCCGGCUGACGCCUAGGCCUAGACAAAAACCACCCUCAAGCUGACAUGGCACUAAACGUAGGACCCGCAUGUCGGGGUUUUUGUAACCAGUAUUUCGUGUCAUGGGGCUCACACGUCUCCUUUCCAAGCUACACUUAGGGGACAUUCCGUUUACUUCCCUCCAAAAAUGUACAAUCCCUUCUGCCCUAGUUUAGACCAGCUAUUUACGUGGAACACCAAAAUGUUCAUUGCUCGGCUCCCCUAUAUAAGCAACCCAAUCCUUGAGCUUCUCUCACACCAUAGCAAUCGGUUUUGCUUUACUAAAAAUUACUUGUAUUUCUGAUAGUUUACGUAUUUGCUUUCCCUUCCAAUAUUGAUCGUCAUGGCUGUUGAUUCAGCUCUCCCCUCUCCACUUGGCGCUCCUGCUUGUGACAAAGAUGCCAAAGCUCUUCAAUUCAUUGAAGAGAUGACAAAAAAUGUUGAUUCUGUUCAAGAAAGGGUUUUAGAUGAGAUCCUGAGCCGAAAUGCCGAGACUGAAUAUCUCAAACGGUUCCAGCUCAAUGGAGCUACGGACCGGGAAACAUUCAAAUCUAAAAUCCCUGUUAUCACUUAUGAGGAUCUGCAGCCUGAGAUCCAACGUCUCGUCAAUGGUGAUCAGUCCCCUAUCUUAUCUGCUCAACCAAUUUCAGAGUUUCUCACUAGUUCUGGGACUUCUGCUGGAGAAAGGAAGCUCAUGCCAACAAUUCACGAAGAGUUGGAUCGUCGCCAACUCUUGUAUAGCCUUCUUAUGCCUGUAAUGAACCUUUACGUUCCGGGAUUAGACAAAGGGAAGGGACUUUAUUUCUUGUUUGUGAAAGCUGAAACAAUGACACCUGGAGGCCUUGUGGCACGCCCUGUUCUCACAAGCUACUACAAAAGCGACCACUUUAAGACCAGGCCAUAUGACCCUUUCAAUGUUUACACUAGCCCUAACGAAGCCAUUCUUUGCGCUGACUCUUUCCAGAGCAUGUAUACACAGAUGCUCUGUGGCUUGAUCAUGAGGGAAGAGGUCCUUCGUGUUGGUGCCGUGUUCGCCUCUGGCCUACUCAGGGCCAUUCAUUUCCUUCAAAUCAACUGGAAACAACUUGCUCAUGACAUCACAGCGGGAACCUUAAACCCUAAAGUAACGGAUGCUUCAAUACGAGAAUGUAUGAGCAAAAUCUUGAAACCUAACCCAGAACUUGCUGAGUUCAUUACCAAGGAAUGCUCGGAGGAGAAUUGGGAAUGUAUCAUCACUAGAAUUUGGCCCAACACAAAGUACCUUGAAGUGAUCGUAACAGGAGCCAUGGCUCAAUAUAUCCCCACCCUUGAAUAUUAUAGUGGUGGCUUGCCAAUGGCUUGCACUAUGUAUGCUUCGUCAGAGUGUUAUUUUGGUCUUAACCUCAAGCCAAUGUGCAAACCAUCCGAAGUCUCAUACACUAUCAUGCCAAACAUGGCUUACUUUGAGUUCUUGCAUCAUGAAUCAUCAACUUCGGGUCUCUCUCGUGACUCACCGCCACGCCUUGUUGAUCUCGCUGAUGUAGAAGUUGGCAAAGAAUAUGAGCUUAUCAUCACUACUUAUGCGGGGUUGUGUCGUUACAGAGUCGGUGAUAUCCUUCGAGUCACCGGUUUUCACAACGCAGCUCCACAAUUUCGUUUCAUUAGGAGAAAGAACGUGUUGUUGAGCAUCGAGUCAGACAAAACUGAUGAAGCUGAGUUGCAAAAGGCCAUUCAAAACGCUUCUGCCUUGCUAAAGGAAUUCAACACCAGCGUUGCUGAGUACACAAGCUACGCGGACACCAAACAAAUACCAGGUCACUACGUUAUUUACUGGGAAUUACUAGUCAAAGACUCAGCUAAUGCCCCAACGGACGAUGUUUUGAGCCAAUGCUGCUUGCAAAUGGAGGAAUCAUUGAACUCAGUCUACCGUCAAAGCCGAGUUGCAGACAACUCAAUCGGUCCACUCGAGAUAAGAGUAGUGAAAAACGGCACAUUUGAGGAGUUAAUGGACUAUGCAAUUUCAAGAGGGGCCUCCAUAAAUCAGUACAAAGUUCCAAGAUGUGUCAGCUUCACUCCAAUCAUGGACCUCCUCGACUCAAGGGUGGUUUCAAAACAUUUCAGUCCAGCUUUACCACACUGGACCCCUGAACGUCGUCGCUGAGCAACGCUGCAUAGUGUUGCCGAAAUAAUAAAUGUUACAGAAAUAAGCUGCCCAGCCAAAAACCAGCAGCAUCUUUUUCCCCAUAGGAAAAAAUAAAUUUAGACAAGUAACAGUGGUCUCCUUCUGUCGAAUCUGUAUGUCUGUGUAAUAAGUCAAGUUCAUAUAAUCUUUGUGCACGCAUGAUGUAAUUUUUGGUUCUUGUCUAUUUCAUGUUUGUUUGUCCCACUUCCUAUCGUUUCUUAGAUCUGUCUCUUCUUCCUUUUUCAUAAAGAUAGAAAGAGACAUUAAGAUGCUAACCUUGUCCAAUCCAAGUUUGUCUCGUCUACCAUGAACAACUACUAUCAUUUAAUGAUGUCAAACGUGUAAAUCUCGUCUAUUUGUUUCAAGCAUUUUCCGCAUGGAUUUUAGUGCACGUGCUUGUAUUCCUUUGUCAAUCCCUUCAAUUUUUUAUUGGAUAUAAUUUGUUCUGAUGACUGACUAGAUUUCUUUUGUUCUAGUCAUUUGUUUGGAAGGAUGCAAGAUAUAUUUAAUGAGUGGUUGGAAACGAAGAUAUGGUUUCAGUUCUUCGGCUUUAUGUAAGCCUUGUCCAAUCCAAGUUUGUCAUUCAGAUGGGUGGGCUUGAAUUGGUUAGGUUGUUUCUACUUGGGUCUAUCAUUAGUAUUUUUAUAUAUCAGUUGUGGCCCAAUACAAACCAUUAAAGGGAUCGGCCUUCUAUUUGGGCAAAACAAACCCAAAAGCCCGCCCCUCUUAAUUGUCAAUGGAAACUGAACUUUCCCCCCUUGUACUCUAUGCU